AUGCUUGGAAUCCAUCGAACUCUCCUAAUUUUAGCCACAGAGAAGCGAGGACUGGCCAGAGAUAUCACCAUUGUCAUCUGCAGGAGCACUCACAUGCCUUUACUUACUCUCGCCGCACCAGAAGCUGGGACUGAUAUCUAUGUCGAACUCACACCCGGGAUGUGGGUAAAGUUGUUCUUAAAAGCGGGACUGGAAACUGGGGACCAGAAUCUCAAAGGCAUCUGCGAUUUGAAGGAAGGUGGAAAUUGA